UGGUAAGUUUAGCCAUAGACCGGGGUUGGGGUUGCCCGUCUCUCUCGCUCCGCUCGCCGCCGCCGUUGCCGCCGCUCGCUGCUCUCUAUGGUGCGGGGCGGGCGGAAGGAGCCGGGCCAGCGGCGGUUCAAUGGAGCGGGGCGGCGGGCGCGGUACCCGGGGCUGAAAGCCACCGUCGGCGCCGGAGCUGGUGGGGAAAGGCGGAUGUAAGCGGCUGCUGCUUCUCUUCCGACCUUGUUGUGGAAACACUUGGUGCCGCUGGGACGCCGCGACGCUGCUGCGGGAAGGGAGCCCAAAACACGGCUGAACACAGAGCCCAGGGGCUGUGUAAGAGUUCCUCACGUGAGCCUGACCGUGCCUGGACACUGACACUUCUGAGUACAGCUCUCUAAAAUGGCAGAGGGAGAUGGAAAUGAAGAAGCCAUUAAGUUGAACAGCUUCCACAGUCGCAGAGGGAAAGACUGGAUAGACUGCAGGUACGAAGGGCUUAUCGUGACAUCGGAUUCCUCGGAUGAAGAAUUACCUUUUUUGCUGGAAGCGCCAGCGGAGCAGCAGCGUGAGGAAGAGGACGAUGAUGUAGUCAUCUUGGAAGAGAUCCCAAAGCAGCAGCAGCUUCCACGUCCCAAUGUCAUCAGACCUGCAGCUCAAUGGCAGUGUCCAAACACUGUGGGAGAAGGAGGAUCUAAAAGUGCUGCCGAGCCCUUGAGGAGCACAUAUCCUCAAGAUGUGAUCCUAACUCUGUCCGGCCAGGGAGACCAGGAUGACCAUGUGGUGGAGAGCAGCGCUGGCCCAAGCAAGGAUGAGAAUAUGAACUUUGCUUUGCCGCAGUCCAGAUCAUCAGAGCUUAAUGGCCCCGGGUUUGAACUUACAAGUAACCAGGAGCCUGGUCCAAGUUUGCUUCCACCAGUAACAACAAACCCACAGCCUGUUGUUAACCAAGAAAUCAUUAGUCUGGAGAAUUCAGACCUUCCACCACAACAGGGAGAAAAGGUGGAAGCCCAGCAAGGAGAGGACUUGGAGGUAGAGCAAAACCUCAGAGAACCAGCUGAUGCAGGUCCUGCAGACCAGGAGACCCAUGAGAACAGCCAGCUGGAUCACCCAUACGUCCAGCCGUUGGAAGGAGAGCCACAUGCUGUAGUAAAUAGUUGUGCUCCACAGCAAGGGCAGCCUGAAGCAGACCCAGGAUCUUUAAGGGCAUAUGGAGAGAAGGCUCCUGGGCCAGCCUUCCCCCGACCUGAACCACAGCAGGAUGGGAUUCCAGGUCCUGCUUCCCCCCAGCCAGCACAUCCACCAGAAGAAACGGGUCCGCAGGCAGCAGUAGACAAUGAGCAGCCAGGUCCGGCAUUCCCUGCACAGGGCUGCCAGGAACUUGGCUCCAGUAAUGUUCCAGAACAAGGAGCUGCUGGGCAGGACCAGGACCUCACUGCACAGCUCAUCAGAGAGACAGAAGCAAGAUUCCCAGACGUGAAGGAGGACUACAUUGAAGAGCUCAUCAUCAUCAAGAACUGCUGUGACUUAAAUGUACUUUGUAACUUUCUUCUGGAAAAUCCAGAUUACCCAAAGAAGGAAGGCAGAGUGGUUUUAAAUCCCAGCAGCAGCCUGCUUCCCAGCCAAGAUGAGACAAAGGUGCCUAAAGUGGACUACUUUGACUUCUUCAAUCUUGCCCCACUCGAUCAGCGGUGCUUUAUUCAGGCAGCUGACCUCCUUAUGGCAGACUUCAAAAUGCUGAGCAGCCAAGACAUUAAGUGGGCACUACGUGAACUCAAGGGACACUAUGCAAUCACACGAAAGGCCUUUUCAGAUGCUAUCAAAAAAUGGCAGGAGCUGUCUACCGAAACCAGUGGGAAACGGAAAAGGAAGAAAGAGAUGAAUCAGUAUUCAUAUAUAGACUUCAAAUUUGAGCAAGGGGAUGUGAAAAUUAAGAAGCGCAUGUUCUUCCUGGAGAACAAGAGGCGGCACUGGAGGUCCUAUGACAAGUGCUCCCUCCUCCCACUGGUGCUGCGGGAGCAGGAAUUCUAUGAGCAGAAAGUUAAAGAGAUGGCAGAGCAUGCAGACUUCCUCCUUGCUCUGCAGAUGAAUGAGGAGCAGUAUCAGAAGGAUGGGCAGAUGAUAGAGUGCCGCUGUUGUUACGAGGACUUUGCGUUUGAGAAGCUGACUCAGUGUGCAGAUGGUCACUUGUUCUGCAAGGAGUGCCUAAUUAAAUACGCUCAGGAGGCAGUCUUUGGCUCUGGGAAGUCAGAGCUCAGCUGCAUGGAAGGCAGUUGCACAUGUUCAUUCCCCACCAGUGAGCUGGAGAAGGUGCUUCCAGAGAACAUCCUCAAUAAAUACUAUGAGCGGAAAGCUAAGGAGGAGGUGGCUGCUGCCUGUGCAGAUGAGCUUGUCAGGUGUCCGUUCUGUAACUUCCCGGCUCUACUGGACCACGACGUGAAGCGGUUCAGCUGCCCUAAUCCCCGCUGCAGAAAGGAAACAUGUCGGAAUUGCCAAGUGCUGUGGAAGGAGCACAUGAACCUCACCUGCGAGCAGCUGGCUGAGAAGGAUGAAAUCAAAUACAGGACAUCUGUAGAAGAGAAAAUGACAGCAGCCCGGAUUAGAAAAUGCCACAAGUGUGGCACCAGCCUCAUUAAAUCAGAGGGUUGCAACCGCAUGUCCUGCCGCUGCGGUGCUCAGAUGUGCUACCUCUGCCGGGUUGCCAUUAACGGGUACGACCACUUCUGCCAACACCUCCGGUCUCCCGGGGUUCCCUGCCACGACUGUGACAAGUGCUCUCUCUGGACAGAUCCCACAGAAGAUGAUGAGAAGAUAAUCCAGGAGAUUCAGAAAGAGGCUGAAGAGGAGCAGAGGAAGAAAAAUGGAGAGAACAGCUUCAAGCGGAUCGGCCCUCCUGUAGAAAAGCCUGUGGAGAAAAUCCAGAGAAUUGAAGUCAUCCCCAGACCUGUUCCUCAGAACCUCCAUCCGCCCCGGAUGUGCCCUUACCCCUUCGUGCACGCUCCCUUCCAGCUCCCUCCUGUCCGUCCCCUGUACAAUAACAUCCCGCUCAACAUCCGCCCUGUCCCUGCUCCCUACGUGCCCCCGUUACCCAACAUGAGGGUGAACUUUGACUUUCCCCAGAUCAAUGCUCGGCGGGAGCACAACUUGCCUAUGCACUUUGGCCCUCAGCCUCGCCAGCAGUUCUGACCUGCUUCAAACAGCACUUGGUAUAGUCACUGCAGGGCAAAGCCACUCCGAUAACAUCACCCCCCUUCCUUCUCCAGCCCCUCUCGGAUUAUCCAGCUGCCAAGGGACCUCUGACUGUCCUUGCACUGCAUCCCUCUCUAGAGCUUCUCUGAACCUUUGCAGUCAAACAUUGCAACCUGUGCUGCAACAGGCCUUGGUGCUGCAUUUCCCAAGGGAUCUCUCCCUGUGUUGGGUAUCCAGAUUAUUUUGAGUUGACAAAGCCUGUUCAGGCAGCUGUUGGGAGGGAAAGUGACGCUUUGUGGAGCGCAGGCAUGCAGCCAUUCCUUGGGGACUUCCCAAAAAUCCUACUCUCCUGCUGACUGGAGCAGCUGCUGCACAGACAAGUGAGUCUGGAGGUAAGGAGGGGAGACUGCAUCUGAAUAAGACCUUCAGAAGCAACUUAACAGGAGUUGGCUGCACUUCUGCCUGCAGGGAGGAACAAGGCUGAGGUUCCCAUGUUCUCCAGCAUCCCUGUAACCCUCCAGCACCUCCCAACAGAAAUACAUUUUUUCAAAACCAAGUCAGUGAAGUGUUUUUAGCAUUUCUCACUCUCUAAGUGGGGUAAUGGGAUGCAGCAGCCAUCUCACUGCUGAGAUCUCAGUGGGAAGCCCAGAGCCAUGUUCUUGUCUCGGGGCUUUAGCAAGUAGCACAAGACUCAGGCACUCUAAUCUUUGGCUGAACUGAACUUGCCCCCUUGGAAGGGCUCAGGACUUUUAUCCCCAGAGGGGGAUAGCUCAGCUUCCAAAAUGUGGCCUUUGCUUUGCUGUCCCCAUCUGACAGCCCAAAUCUCCCCCUGCUUCUGGCCACAGUUGCAAAAACUGGCCUCAUUGCAAAAACUGCUUGGGUAAAGCCCCAGUCAGAUGCAUAGACAGUGGUGUGUGAUGUGUGCUGUGGCAGGAAAACUAGGAAUUACCCCUGUACUGGUGCAUGCAGACGAUGGGGAGCCAGGAGCUAAGGCUAAACCCCUCACAGUGCUGCAGGAGACUGGCUGCUUCAUGGCAUGUCACAGCUCCUGAAAAGGUUUGUUUCAGCCUAACUGGCUUGGGAACAGCAUGGUAAAAGGCAAAGGUGAGUAUUAAACCUUAGGAAGUGAGGGGUUAGGAACAACAAAGCUUCCCUAUGAGCAACAGGGGGGCGUAGGUGCUAGGCUGCAGGGGGAAAGCCCUUUCCCCACCUCCUUUGGGUGUUCUGUCUGAUACAGGCCCCUCUAGAACAGAAAAUGGUUGGAGUGGGGAAAAAAACCUCCCUCCCAGAAAUGCUGGGCUAGCUUUCAGCAUCCCAUUGGUGCUAUCAUUCCCUGGGUGGUUUGGUUUGGGCUUUGUCCUGCUGGGAACCCUCUGGGUGCGCUUCCUGUUAUUCCCCCCUGUAUUUGAACAGCCGUCUUCUGGUUUCAUUUGGGUUUUUUAGGUAAAACUCCCUGCCUCCAUCUCACAGCUUCUGCCCACCCCUUGCUUGCAGCUCUCUGUAACUGCUCCAUGCACAGCAUCCCCUUGGGAGUGCAGUAAGUGGUGGGCUUAGGGCUGUCAGCGGGAUGCUCCCAGGAUAAGCCAGCCUCCACUAUGGUUUGGGACAGCAUCUGGGGACCAUUGUCCCCAGGGGGCUCUCCCAGAGGGAAUUUCCAUGCCUUUUUGGAGCUGAGUCAGCAAUUUCUCCACUGUUGGGCAUUGCCUUAUGGGUUGAACAUACCCUGCGGGGUGCUCUGUUCCAGCUCUCAUGCCAUGGUCUCUCUAGCAUUAAUAACCAAGUGGUGUUCCCCUGCUGCUGUUGUUUUCUUCUUUCAGUUUACUCCUGGGAGCAGCCUGGGGGCUGCAGGAUCCUGUUGCUUGCUGCCCAGCUGGGAUUUAGCCAUGUUUAAAUCCUGCCUUGCAGCAAGUGAUUCCUGUGGUAGCCAGGAGCAGUGUCCCAUUGGAUUUGGGGCAAGAGGUUCACAGUGUUAGCGGGUGAUGGGAAAAUGGACCCAGCUCAGGAGAACAACGGGUGGCUUCCCUUUACAGAAAGGAAAUCCUGUGUUGUUUAAGAGCUGGGAUGUUCUGGGCUCAAGGCUUGGAUGAGCACUUCAGGCUUCCUGGAGCGUGUCCCCUCCUGCAGCAGGAUGGUUGGGGUUGUCCCCCAAUACUUGCCUGUGCAAAGGGGGGAGCUUCUGGUGUGUGUCUAGAGAUGUGCGGGCAUCGGGAGCGAAGCCUUGGCACAGGGAAGUGCAGAAGUGGAGCGAGAAGGAUGGAGAAGCAUCAGGCAGAGGUGGGAAAGGGAGGCUGGUGUCUGUGGUCCAUCCUUGUGGUUAGGACGUGAGGGUCCUCUGCUGCUGUGGCACGAACAUCAUGGUCCUGGAGGAGCUUAGUGGAUGUAAGGGGAGAGAGGACCCAUGUCCCCUGCUAUAACCUUGAGCUGAUCCGUGGAAGAAGACAAGUCGGUGCUCGGUCUCUGGUGCAGGGGUUUCUGAUAGGGCUUGUGUUGAUUUAUAUACAAAUAGAAAGGAAAAUAACCCCAAACCUUACUGCACCCCCCCGGAGCCCUCGUGAUCUGGUCUCCAACUCUUCCACCCCAUUUCCUUCCUGCCCUGCAGACCUUAAAACCAUCUGUCCUUCACGAGGUGGCAGGGAGGUUGCUGGGCCCAUAACAGGUACUUCUGGUUAUAAUCGCAGUGUCCCAUUUUACUUGCCUUAAAGGUGGAGAAGAGAAACUUAGUAUUUGCA